CCUGUCAAUCAGUGGAAAAAAGUUACCGCCCCGUAAUUUUUUCUAAUUUAAUAUUUUUCUUUUUUUCUUUCAUUGGUUUUACGGUCUGUGCUGUCGUUAAACGUCGUCGUCAUUGUCACCCAUCCGCUGGACCGUCGCAUUGCCCUUUGAUUUCACUGUCUUAUGUGUUUGUGUGUUUCAUCGCAUUUCGGUGAAUAAUCGUGAAUUUUUUAUUACUAUAAAAAAGAGCUUUUGAGAAAGAGUAGUAAAAAGAUACGCAAAUUACAUAGCGAAAAGAAACUUUCCAAGUGAAACCGACGAUAAAGAAGAAAAUUUUUGGAAAAUAAAACAAGUGGAGUAACUCAAAAAGGAUAAACGCAGGUCACCCAAUUGCAUAGCCAAAGCAAAAAAGAGAGGAAGAAGCUACACCGAAAACAGUUGAAAAAAUAAUUCACAGCCAAUCAUGGGUACUAGAGAGGAUGAAUACGAUUAUUUAUUUAAAGUUGUGCUGAUCGGCGAUUCCGGCGUUGGUAAAAGUAAUUUGCUAUCCCGCUUUACGCGCAAUGAAUUCAACUUGGAAUCGAAGUCGACAAUUGGCGUAGAGUUCGCAACGCGCAGCAUAGAGGUUGAUGGCAAGACGAUUAAAGCGCAGAUUUGGGAUACGGCUGGUCAGGAGCGCUAUCGAGCCAUCACGUCUGCAUACUAUCGUGGCGCUGUCGGUGCAUUGCUUGUCUAUGAUAUUGCCAAACAUUUGACAUAUGAGAAUGUGGAGCGAUGGUUGCGGGAAUUGCGUGAUCACGCUGAUCAAAAUAUUGUCAUUAUGUUGGUUGGCAAUAAAUCUGAUUUGCGACAUUUGCGUUCCGUGCCGACGGAUGAGGCGAGACUCUUCGCCGAACGCAAUGGGUUAAGUUUCAUUGAAACAUCUGCCCUUGAUUCGACGAACGUUGAAACUGCAUUCCAAAAUAUACUCACAGAAAUCUAUCGUAUCGUAUCGCAAAAACAAAUCAGAGAUCCGCCUGAAGGUGAUGUCAUUCGUCCAAAUGUGGAGCCCAUCGAUGUGAAGCCGACUGUUACAGCCGAUGUACGCAAGCAGUGCUGUCAGUGACCGCCUUAUGCACGUCCUGCAUUACUUUUAAAUGUCAUCUAUGCAUAAAUAAUAAAAACAAAAACCAACAAAACUGCAAUAAAUGAAAAAAUACAAAAACUACGACCACAGUUUCCCCCAAAUUUAUCCAAAUCAAUUCCAAACUACACCAGUGGCAACAAACGACAGCAAAACAUAAACAGAAGAACAUAUAUAGAUGCAGCAAAAAUUAUUAAUACUACCUACAAUUUAUUAAAAGGCAAUGAGGAAUGAUUGAAGCAGAAAAUAGUGAAACUCCGUUGAAAUUUAUUGAAAGAAAAGUAUAAUAUAGAUAUGUAUUUAUAAUUUGAA